GGCUGCGGCAGCGCUUCCGGGACGGCGCUGUGCGACCUUUUUGGCGCGAGUGGGGACGGCGGCCGGGAGGGCGCGGUCCGCGCUCCGCGGUGUGGGUCCCGGCAGCGCCAUGCGCUACAACGAGAAGGAGCUGCAGGCGUUGUCCCGGCAGCCGGCCGAGCUGGCGGCCGAGCUGGGCAUGCGGGGUCCCAAGAAAGGCAGCGUGCUGAAAAGGCGGCUUGUGAAGCUGGUGGUCAACUUCCUCUUCUACUUCCGGACGGACGAGGCCGAGCCGGUCGGAGCCCUGUUGCUGGAGCGCUGCAGAGUCACCCAGGAGGAGCCCAGCGGCUUCUCCAUCAGCUUCCUGGAGGACCCCGAGAGGAAGUAUCACUUUGCCUGCUGCAGUGAGGAGCAGUGUCAGGAGUGGAUGGGGGCUCUGCGGCGAGCCAGCUACGAGUUCAUGCGGAGAAGCCUCAUAUUCUACAGAAACGAGAUCCAGAAGAUGACUGGCAAGGACCCCCUGGAGCAGUUCGGCAUAUCUGAGGAGGCCAGGUUCCAGCUGGGUGGCUUGAAGGCCUGAGUCUGGAACAAGCCCUCCCCAUCCUCUCCGCGCCCUGGGUUUCUUGGUCAAGCCUGGAUUUCCUGCUGCAGGUGCUUGGCUUAAAGACUUCAAAAGUCCAAGAUUGGUGGGGGUGGGCAGGGGCGGGUUGGAGAAACAACCCAGGAACACGCCACCCCCGACCUGGACUGGUCUGGCACCUGUUGGGUGCCCCAUGCUGCUACCGGGGGACAAGUGUCCACUCCUAGAAGCUGCGGCCAGCCCCUCGGGUCCAUCCAUCUGGGGACUCUGAGGCU